CUUCCGACCUUGUCCCAGGGAUUCUGCUGGCUGGGGAGGUCCUGCUGGUGCUGGGCUGCAGGAAAGACUGAGAUGGCCGCCGUGCCGUCGAGCUAGGGGACCCUCCUCACCUUUCUCUGCCCCCCGCUCCGCUCUGCCUCACCCAAGGUGAAAGGGAAGAUGAGAGCGUGGAAGGCCGUCGCCAGCACCCUCACGUUCAGCGGCGUGGACGUGGCGGUGACCACGCUGCUGUACCUGCACAGCCCCAGCGGCAAGGAUGUCCUCCGGGACCUGAAGAGCUUCAAUGUCUUCAACUCCAUGUUGGACGUGUGGGGGGGCUGUCUGUACAGGACCUGCGCGCUGCUUGGAGCCGCCAUCGGGGUAGCCAAGAACACCACCUAUGGCCCCCGGCGCCUGAAGGCCUCCCAGACCUUCAUCAUCCUCGUCUGCCUGCUCAUGGGCAUCUAUGCCAUGGUCAAGCUGCUGCUCUACUCGGAGGUCAGGAGGACCAUUAAGGACCCGUGGUUUUGGAGUUUGUUUGCAUGGACGUACGUGUCGCUGGCGGGCACGUUCUGCCAGUGGCAGCUGCUGGCCCGUGUCACCUCCUCCGGGGAGGCGCUGGGGGUCAGUUCGGAGUCCAGGACAGAAGCGGAGGAGAUAUGUGACCCCGGCUCUGUCCCUCCUCAGCAAAGGAGGGACAAGGCGUCGGGCGCCACUAUCCACAAGCUGCUGUCUUACACCAAACCGGAUGCCGUCUUCCUGGUCAUCGCUGCCUUUUUCCUCCUCGUCGCCGCUUUGGGAGAAACCUUCCUUCCAUAUUACACAGGUUUGGCCAUUGACGGCAUAGUCAUCCAGAAGAGCAUGGACCAGUUUUCCACCGCAGUGAUGAUUAUGUCUCUGCUCGCCAUAGGAAGCUCAUUUGCCGCAGGUAUCCGGGGUGGCGUUUUCACGCUCGUAUUCGCCAGGCUGAACAUUCGACUCCGCAACUGCCUCUUCAAGUCACUGGUCUCGCAGGAAAUGAGUUUCUUUGAUGAGAACCGCACAGGGGACAUCAUCUCCCGGCUGACAUCGGACACCACUAUUGUGAGUGACCUGGUGUCCCAGAACAUCAACAUCUUCCUGCGUAAUAUGGUGAAGGCGAUGGGAGUGAUUGCCUUCAUGUUCAGCCUGUCUUGGCAGCUCUCCCUGGUCACGUUCAUGGGCUUCCCCAUCAUCAUGCUGGUGUCUGACCUCUAUGGCAAAUACUACAAGAAGCUCUCCAAGGAAGUUCAGAGUGCUCUGGCAAAGGCCAACAACACGGCAGAAGAAACCAUUUCGGCCAUGAAGACUGUUCGUAGCUUUGCGAACGAGGAGGUGGAAGCCCAUGUCUACUGGGAGAAGCUGCAGCAGGUCUACAAGCUGAACAAGAAGGAAGCCAUGGCCUAUACCUACUACGUGUGGUCCAGUGGGCUGACGCUUCUCGUGGUGCAGGUCAGCAUCCUCUACUACGGCGGCCACCUGGUGAUCUCUGGGCAAAUGACCAGUGGAAACCUGAUCUCCUUCAUUAUUUAUGAGUUCGUCCUGGGAGACUGCAUGGAGUCUGUUGGCUCUGUCUACAGUGGACUGAUGCAGGGAGUUGGAGCUGCCGAGAAAGUGUUUGAGUUUAUCGAUCGCAAGCCAAUGAUGUUGAAUGAUGGGACGUUGGCCCCAGACCACGUGGAUGGUAAAGUGGAGUUCAGAAACGUGACUUUUUCCUACCGCACCCGCCCUGCAACACAAGUCCUGCAGAACGUGUCCUUCACCCUCUCUCCUGGCAAGGUGACCGCGUUGGUGGGUCCAUCGGGCAGCGGGAAAAGCUCUUGUGUCAACAUACUGGAGAAUUUCUACCCUCUUCAAGAUGGGCAAGUCCUGCUGGACGAGCGGCCUAUUAACAUGUAUGAUCACAAAUACCUGCACUCAGUGAUUUCUCUGGUGAGCCAAGAGCCAGUGUUGUUUGCUCGGUCCAUUGCUGACAAUAUUUCAUAUGGUCUAACUUCGGUCUCUUUCGAGUCAGUGGUUCAAUCCGCCCAGAAGGCCAAUGCCCAUGCGUUUAUCUCAGAGUUGCAAGACGGCUAUCACACAGAAGCUGGUGAAAAAGGAACUCAGCUAUCUGGUGGCCAGAAGCAGAGAGUGGCAAUUGCAAGGGCUUUGAUCAGAAACCCCUCGAUCCUAAUACUGGAUGAAGCCACAAGUGCGCUAGAUGCAGAGAGUGAACAUGCGAUUCAGCAAGCAAUAUACGGUGAUCUGCAGAGCCACACUGUGCUUGUCAUAGCCCACAGGCUGAGCACUGUCGAGAAAGCACACAACAUCAUUGUUCUAGACAAGGGCCGGGUGGUGCAGCAGGGGACACAUAAAGCACUCAUGGAUGAAGGCGGCCUUUAUUCCAAGCUGGUGCAGAGACAGAUCCUGGGGCUUGAAACUGGCACGGGGGACAGUUGUCAGCUGGUGACCAGCCUGGAUGCUGUGAGGACCGAGUCAGCGAAGAUGUCAGAAAACUUGGAGGAAUUUAGGAUAUAGCUGCCUUUCUCUGCCUCGGGGCAGGGUAGUUGCAAUACUUUUGCUCGCAAGCGAGAGCACCAAGGAGUCCAUUGGAGACGCUUGCUGGAACGCCGACCUAGGAGUCCGUGCUGUAGAACAAGGCCUGUUUACUAAUCACACACAUACGCACACACGCACACUAAAGCUUCCUGCGUACACACCAGUAGGCAGACCCUUGCUGGCAAAAUAGGGAAACAGGCCAGAUUCACUCUGAGAAGCUGGGUCUGGAGCAAAUCCCCAUGUUUCUACCAAGUUUCUUUUCUUAGAGUUGAUAUUUCCGCUUGACUGGGAUGCGUCUCCCAUUGAUAUGCACCUGGAAUUGCUGUUAUUGCAAUGGAUGUUAUAUGCCUGUGUGGAUGGGUCAAACUGGCCCGCCUAAAGCAUGUCAGGAGGCAGUUUCCUGACUCCAUAGCCAGGUGGUGGGUAGCACAGAAGGUCCUGACCUUGCCGACACUCUAGGGCCAAUUCAGCAUGCACCAAAGUCAAUACAAAGACUCUCCUUGGCCUCCAUGGGUAACCAGCUCAGUCCACAGGCACAUAAUAUCCACUGGAAUCAGGGAGAUCAGUGAGGAGCCCUGCAGGGUCAAGCUCUCAUACAUGACUUUGUCAAGCUUUUAUCAUUUAUUGGCUGCCUUCCAUGUCAAGAGCCAGGGGUCUGUGAGCGGGUUCUGCUUUCAGAUUCAUUGCUGCUGUUCUGUGAGCUUUUUAUUUUUAAAGGAUGAGAAGUUUGAUCUUAACUCAGUCGAUUUUUUGAAGCGCUGUCUCUCUAUGGGCAGCGGCAUGAUGGCUGUCUAGCUUCCAUGUCUGUUGGGUGCUAGUCAGUCCUAUUUCAAAGUUUGUCUGUUGACUCUUUCUUUUUAACUCAGUCCUAGCACUUGAUUUCUUAAUCACCAUUUCUUAAAAAGGGAACAUCAGAUCUGAAUGAUGGCACUUUAUAGAUCCUGCCAAAGCCUUGGUUUGGGGAUACUGUAUCAGUUUCACUGCAUGGGAAGUUGUUUCUUUGAUUUUUGGUGUGUUUUUUUUAAUAAGAGGAGGGGGAAAAAAAGGGAGACACAUAUCCUUAUUCCAUACAUCACUGAUGAAUCUGCCUUAAUGUCUUUACCGUGCCGUAAAGAUUGGUAAGAGCGUGUGUGCAGCCAGCAAGGUGUGGUUUGAGAAAUAGCAUUGUGUUUCGCAAAGGGAAGGGUGAGUCAGGUCACACACGGGGAAGAAAUGACCUCAAGCACUUUAGAUCUCCUAGUAAUUACGUUCCAGUUUUUGAAUGCUGCUCUAUAACAUUUGAUCGGAUUUUUUGCCAUGUUCUGGGUUUUCUAUUUGUUUGGUUUUUUGGUUUGGCAAUGUUUUACAAACGGUUAGUGUCCUCCAGGGGGAUACCUUACAAAUAAAACACUACCUCUGCUGCUCAGCUUCCGAGCCAAAGUCUCAAGGGUCCUUUUGCCUCCAAAUAAAAUAAGCCAGGGGAGUUUCUAGGUGAUGUCUUGAAGCAACAUGCAAAUACAUGAUGCACAAUCUCCUUCUGUCUCAGUCACUGGAAAGGAUGAGACACAGUGUCUAUGAGGAUCAUGUGUGUUGAAAUUGUCAGCAUCUGAUAGUUGCCUUGGAGCUUGGGAGUAGGUGAUGAUAAGCCAGCUAAUAGCUGGUUUUUAUUCUGCAUCUUACCUUGUUAUUCUGCCUUCCCUUUGCAGGAUGCUAUCUCCAGGUCAGAAAGCAGCGUGUCCCAUACUGGCUCUGUCUUAAGCAUGAUAUUUUUUAAUGUGGUAAAACAACUGCACCUCUGGAUAGAAGACCUUUUUUAUUUUAUGUGCCUGCUUUGCUUGACAGUGCCUCCUCCCUUUAAAGAGUCGGCCAUAUCGUUCUGGAGAUAGUUCCGCACUUCAAGGUGGAUAGGUGGUCAAGGUCUGCUUGGGGCGAAAAAUGAUGCUGUAGGUGUGCUAAGUGGAUGAACUGGUCCAGUAGCUGGAAUGGGGAAGAGUAACUCUGGUUUUCUGUUGGUAUAAUUAAGAGAGGGUAUUUGCCAGUAGUCUAUAAGAAUGGAAGUAUUCUCUCCUUGAUUUUAAAGUGUGCAGAGCCUAGGCCAUGAACCUAGCAAACACUGCCUGGGGCUGCAGAGUGCUAGCUUAUCUUGACUCAAGGAAGUAAAAGGGAAGAGCACAUCACAUGGCAUUUUUUUCUAUCUCUGCCAUUGCUGCAGUGAGGGUUAAAAUGUGUGUGUCCUUCUAAACCCCUCUUUUCAGACAGUCAUAAUAACUAAUUCCUUUUUUA